AUGGCAGUGGCACGUCUCCAAGCAAUCCUCGCAUGCCUUCCUUGCGGCACCGCAGAAGCCAAAGACGAGACCUAUCCCAACGAAAAAGCCGCGCUACUCUCCGCUGCUACAUCCAACUCACGUCUUACCGCUGAGACUGCCGAGAAUGUUAUCGCAAUCCUCCUGACCACGUCCCUCACCGGCCCAGCCCUCCACAUGCAGCUCGACUCGGUUGUCGGCGCAUCGGGCUGGCGCUCCAACAUGGCCAAAUACGUGCUAGAAAAGCUCACCGUCGCGCUGCAGGCGUCGCACGAGAGACUCGGCCCAACCAUCCGCAGCGCCUACCAUCGCGCAUGGGAAGCAGCGCAAAGUAUCGAGGGCUUCGUCAUCGAGCAUCCCGUCAUGUGCACCGUCAUUGCCCUGGGCGUACUUGCAGUCGUCGCGCCGUGGGUACUCGAAGCGCUCGGUUUCGCAGAGUUGGGGCCAGUCCAAGACGGACGUUGGAUUAGGAAAAAAAGGUACCUUCGCUUCCUGGUGGCAGUCGGCCUACGCUGGCCUGGUACCGAAGCGCUCGCUGUUCUCCUUUUUCCAGCGUUUGGGCAUGGUGAAGUGGCACUGGGUUCUGGUCUGAGACCAUUUCCCUACCACCACCGUCCACUAGUCCCGCCAAGACCACUUGUUACGACACCAUCCACCCCACGCACGACGGCUGCUCGCGGGAGGGGCGUAACGCGUCUCAUUGGCUAUUUGGGUUGGACGUCUCAACGUCUUUUCCUUGUCGUGCUUAUCUGCGCCAUCGCGAUCGUUAUGCGACAGCGACUGUAUGUCCUCGGAGGCAGAGAGGUGAAACACAACAACAGCAACAACAACAAUAAUACUGCCCGCCCAACUUCUAGCGCGCUUGAACCCGUUCUCGAAGCACGGUCUAUCAGGGUGCUUUGGGCGGCAUGGUGCGACGCUGUUAUCGCAUACAGCAAGAAUAAAGAUGAAGAUGGAGAUGGUGGGGAUAGUGGUGGUGUUGAGGAACCAUGGCCGUGGGUUCUGGAGUACAUUGGCACAGGCCUUACGACUGCCCAGAAGAAAUGUUUGACUGCAGAUGAGGACCUGAAACGAGCAGCUCCUCUUGCGGAAGCAGUGUUAUUUGGUAGUGCAAUGCAUGAUGGCUUGAGGGGGUAUGUUGUAAAGAGUGGUAACGGGGAUGUGGAUGCGGAUGGAGGUACUGGUGCCGAGCGCGUAGAGCAGAAGAUCGUCCUAUUCGGUACCGACCUCGAGAUGGAAGAUGGCGUACCAGAAAUCCAGACUUUUUUGGCAAGCGAAAGCGGGUUCACAGCGACCAUCACAGACGUGAAGAUCGAUACCUCAAGCUGCAUAUCGCUAUACAUGGCGUCUCCGUCUACAACCACAACCACAGAAUUGAUCCUGCGCUUUGAGAACUUUUCGCAUCUCCGGCGGUAUCUUUCUUUUGCUCCGCAGCCCAGCUCGCCUGCACCAGAAGUAACAUGCCUCCCGUACACAUCCCCGUCCCGACCUCAACAUGUCGUAAACGCUACGACAACAACUGCUCUAGACGCCAAUAUGCGCGUUUGGACUUCAACCAGUGAUCCCAGAUACCCAAAAUGCUUAGGUCGGUCAUAUGAUGGCGGGUUCGACAUGUCGCCCUUGCCUUAUCUGGAGGAGUCAUGCAUCCAAAAGAUAGCGGCUGGCGGUUAUAUGAGUGCGGCGGUGAGCUCGGACGGGGAACUGUUUGUUUGGGGUCAGGCGUGUCCUGGAGCAGGCAAGGAAUUAGACGUGCUUAAGGUUAGUGGAGUAGAGGUGCAGGCUACAGGGAUUGGUGUUGAUGAGGAGCAGGAUGAGUUUGUCAAGUGCCUUGAUGUGAGGAUAGAUGGACAGGUGGCGAGGGUGUAUGAUGUGACGGUUGGCCAUGGGCAUAUUUUGGUGGCUGCUGAAUUGUUCGGAAUGGGAGAAGAGACCAAGAGUGUGUUGUUUGCAGCUGGAGAUGACAGUGAAAACCAGCUUGGUCUUGAAACCGGUGCAGAUUUCAAGGAGAGUUUUGAAGAAGUCGCAUCUUUACGAGACAAGCGAAUUGUUCAGCUAGAAGCGGCUGGAUGGUCAACUUAUGCCGUAUUACUCGAAAAGUAA